AUGGUUAACAGCUUAUGGUUUAAAUGGAAAAAGCUUCGCCUGCCCUGGCGGAAGUCCUUUCUGGUCGGUGAGGAUCUGGCCGGGAAUACCUUCUGGGAGUUCAAAGAUGUCAUGAAUGCAGCUCGGUUCCGACGCAUUGUUCGAUUCGAUCCCAAAACUCAUUUCAGUGAUGUUCAAGUGACACCGCAAUGGCACCAAUGGCUGCGACAUGUCCGUCAAGACCCCCCGAGCAUCCAGGAGCAGCAGCAGGAUCUUGUGCGACAGGCCCAAAUCAAACAACUCGCCCGACUCGCCGAUGAACGCUGGGCCAGCAAGGCUUCCUUCCUUGAUAAACCCAAGACUCAACAUCAAGCACCAUCAACUCAAAUCAAUGAGGCGAUCUUGAAUCAGCCCGCCAAGGCUACUCCCGCACAAACACAUACAACCAUCUCCCCUGAACUAGCCCCAAAGGCCAAACCCGCACCUGCAGAAGCGAAGACACAAAAGGAGGAGAACCCAUGGACCAAGGCCAGCAAGGCUAACCCAGGGGAAGAGUGGCAACCCGAAGCCUGGUCUCCUAGUUCCAAGCGGUGA